AUGACCUUAGAGAAAAGAUGGGAAAGUCGAGACAAAAGUGACGUUGUCAAAGACGAGAGCGCAGCAGGAUGGACCUUUGAAGAGAGAAAAAUUCUGAAAGCACAGCAGCACAAUUAUAGCGAAAUCCCCGACACGGCCACAUGUGUGAGCGUGCAGCUGCCACUAAAAGGAGAGUUGUUCGGCUACGACGUUGAAAUCUCGGAUGGUCAUCAAAUAGACCCCCCAAAAAAACUGUUAUCACGCCUAAGAAUGACGUCAUCGAAAUCAAAAUUGUCAAAAUUGGUGAAUUUACCCUUCCUGCUUAGUUUGGAAUGCCAAGACCGGAUACAGAAACUCUAAAAGAACAUUCAUUCUGAUAAGCUUUUAAAUAUCGUUCUUUAGUUUUUGUUGCUGCCUUGCUAUGAAUUUUUAUUAGCAGAGCCAUGAUGUACCAUGUCAAUUAAACGUUUUAAUACAAAAUAAAAGAAAUCAUGUUAUGUCUGUUCUUUAUCUU